GUCCCCAGGUGCCGCUGUCACCAUGGACCUGCUGUUCGGGCGGCGGAAGACGCCGGAGGAGCUGCUGCGGCAGAACCAGCGGGCGCUGACCCGCGCCAUGCGGGAGCUGGACCGCGAGCGCCAGAAGCUGGAGGCCCAGGAGAAGAAGAUCAUCGUCGACAUCAAGAAGAUGGCCAAGCAGGGCCAGAUGGACGCGGUGAAGAUCAUGGCGAAGGACCUGGUGCGGACACGACGCUAUGUGAAGAAGUUCAUCACCAUGAGGGCCAAUGUCCAGGCCGUGUCCCUCAAGAUCCAGACCCUCAAGUCCAACAACUCCAUGGCCCAGGCCAUGAAGGGCGUCACCAAGGCCAUGGCCACCAUGAACCGGCAGCUGAAGCUGCCCCAGAUACAGAAGAUCAUGAUGGAGUUUGAGAAGCAGGCGGAGAUCAUGGACAUGAAAGAGGAGCUGAUGAACGAUGCCAUCGAUGACGCCAUGGGGGACGAGGACGAUGAAGAGGAGAGGUGGGGACGUGGCGGGGCCCUGCCCCCCCCGGGGGGGUCGGGGGAGGGGCGGGCGGCUGAGGCCGCGGCUGCUUUGGCCGACGCCGACGCCGACCUGGAGGAACGGCUGAAGAACCUGCGCCGGGAUUGACCCCCGACCUCCGACCCCUGACCCCCGACCUCCCGUCCCUCGCCCUGACCUACCACCCCGGGGUCGACCUCCACGGCCCUGUGGUGACCUAUGACCCCAGGGUUGUCCUCUUUGAUCUAUGGCUUGGUGUUGA